AUGGCACCACCUGCUGCGUCCAUCUCGUCCGUCUGCUGCGUCCCCUUCCCCGCCUCAGCCCCUCGUCGCGCGUCCCCCUCUUCCGUCAGAAGGCUUCCCAGAUUCGCGGCCCGGAGUAGCGGCGGCGGCGGGGGCACGCGCCCUGAGCCGAAACCAGAUGACAACGAGAGCAAGGCCGUCCUCGACGCCUUCUUCCUCGGGAAGGCCUUCGCGGAGGCGCUCACGGAGCGGGUCGAGUCGGUGGUGGGCGAGGUGUUCAGCGUCGUCGGGCAGUGGCAGGCCGAGCAGCAGAAGCUGGUGCUGGAGUUCCAGGUACUGCGCCACACGGUCCUUGCUCCAGAUGAGCACUCACAGUAUUUCGUUUUCCAUGUCAAUUCUCCAAUGAGCUCUUUAGUAAUUGAUGACAUCUCGAUGAUGUGA